CACUCUGGUGGCUCAGCCUCGGGAACGCUGGCAAUCAUGGGCAGGGUUUUAUUCAGCGUUCGGGUCAGCUCUGUGCGGAGAGCCCACUGCUCCUGUCCUGGGCGAUGCUACCUCUCCUGCAGAGUCCCUUCUACUGCUGGCUUCCAAGCACCGAGUGGGCUUGGCUGCGCACGCAUUCCGGGAGAGGCUACAGGUGGAGCCGUCGGACCCGGCCCCUCGGGGACCGGUGGCUUCCUCUUCGGGCCCCCGUUCCAGGCUCUGGGCAGCUGGAAGGAUUGCGUCGGAGCCCCGCCUGUCCCAGACGUCUUGAGAGCCGACAGUGGUGUGGGCGAGGGCUGCCCUCAGAGGCUGGCAACCACUCACCUACUGCGUUUCCUCCUCCUGGUGCUCAUCCCCUGCAUCUGCGCCCUCAUCGUGCUGCUGGCCAUUCUGUUGUCCUUUGUGGGAACAUUAAAAAAGGUUUAUUUUAAAUCAAAUGGCAGUGAACCUGUAGUCACUGAUGGUGAAGUUCAAGUGCCUGGUGUUUUCUUUGUAAAUACAGUAUAUAAUGAGAGCACAGGAGCACCCAUUAUGCCCCCCAACCGAUCCACUCCAGCCUGGACACCUAGGACACCUCCUCUCUCGGGGGACCAGAGCCACAGGAAUACAAGUGCCUGCAUGAACAUUACUCACAGCCAGUGUCAGAUUCUUCCCUACCACAGCACCCUGGCACCCAUCUUGCCAAUUGUCAAAACCAUGGAUGUGGAGAAGUUCCUCAAGUUCUUUAUGUACCUCCAACGCCUCAGUUGCUAUCAACAUAUCCUGUUAUUUGGCUGUAGCCUCGCCUUCCCUGAGUGCAUCGUUGAUGGUGAUGACAGGCAUGGCCUCCUGCCCUGUAGAUCUUUCUGUGAGGCUGCAAAAGAAGGCUGUGAGUUUGUCCUGGAGAUGGUGAACUUCACCUGGCCAGAUUCCCUCAGAUGCUCGCAGUUUAGAGACCACACUGAGAACAGUGAUGUCAGCAAGAUCUGCUUCUCCCUUGAGCAGGAGCAUGGAAGACAAUCCCUGUGUGGAGGCCACGAGAACUUCAUGUGCACAAAUGGACUUUGUCUCCCAAAGAAGCUGCAGUGUAACGGUCACAAUGACUGUGACGACUGGAGUGACGAGGCUCUCUGCAACUGCAGUGAGGCCCUGUUUCACUGCCACACAGGAAAGUGUCUCAAUCACAGCUUUGUGUGUGAUGGAUAUGAUGACUGUGGAGAUCUGAGCGAUGAGAAAAACUGUGAGUGCAAUCCCAUGAAGGAGCAUCGCUGUGGAGAUGGGCGCUGCAUCAUUGCUGAGUGGGUGUGUGAUGGGGACCAUGACUGUGUGGACAAGUCUGACGAGGUCAACUGCUCUUGUUACAGCCAGGGCCUGGUAGAAUGCAGAAAUGGACAGUGCAUUCCUAGCACCUUCCAGUGUGAUGGAGACCAAGACUGUCAAGAUGGAAGUGACGAGGAGAACUGCAGUAACAGUCAGGUGCCAUGUCCAGAAGGAGGUCAAGGGUGCCUCAACAGUUCCUGCCUCGAUUCAUGUGCUGAUAGCUCUCUGUGCGACUCAGACGGCAGCCCGAGGAACUGUAGUCAAUGUGAGCCAAUCUCUCUGGAACUCUGCAUGAAUUUGCCCUACAAUCAUACACAUUUUCCAAAUUACCUGGGCCACAGAACUCAAAAGGAAGCAUCUAUCAGCUGGGAGUCAUCGCUCUUCCCUGCACUUGUUCAAACCAACUGUUACAGAUACCUAAUGUUUUUUGCUUGUACCAUUUUGGUUCCAAAGUGUGAUGUGAAUACAGGCCAACGCAUCCCUCCUUGCAGACUCCUGUGUGAGCACUCCAAAGAGCAUUGUGAGUCUGUUCUUGGGAUGGUAGGUCUCCAGUGGCCUGAAGACACAGACUGCAAUCAAUUUCCAGAGGAAAUUUCAGCCAAUCAAACUUGCCUCCUGCCCAGUGAAGAUGUGCAAGAAUGUUCACCGAGUCACUUCAAGUGUCGCUCAGGACGGUGUGUUCUGGGUUCCAGAAGAUGUGAUGGUCAGGCUGACUGUGAUGAUGACAGUGAUGAAGAGCACUGUGGUUGCAAAGAGAGAAAUCUUUGGGAAUGCCCAUCCAAUAAACAAUGUCUGAAGCAUACAUUGGUCUGUGAUGGGUUUCCAGACUGCCCUGAUGGUGUGGAUGAAAAAAAUUGUUCAUUUUGCCAGGAUAAUGAGCUGGAAUGUGCCAACCAUGAGUGUGUGCCACGUGACCUGUGGUGUGAUGGAGAGUCGGAUUGCUUGGACAGCUCAGAUGAAUGGGACUGUGUGACCCUCUCUAAAAAUGGGAGCUCCUCCUCAUUCCUGGCUGUUCACAGAUCUGCAACAGAACACCACGUGUGUGCUGACGGCUGGCAGGAGAUGUUGAGUCAGCUGGCCUGCAGGCAGAUGGGUUUAGGAGAACAAUCUGUGACUGAAUGGACACAAGAACAGGAAGGCCAGCACUGGCUGAGGUUGCACUCCAACUGGGAGAAUCUCAAUGGGACCACCUUGCAGAAGCUGCUGGUGCACAGGCAGUCCUGUCCAAGCAGAAAUAAGAUUUCCCUUCUGUGUACUAAGCAAGACUGUGGUCGCCGCCCUGCUGUAAGAAUGAACAAGAGGGUCCUCGGGGGUCGGACUAGUCGCCCUGGGAAGUGGCCCUGGCAAUGCUCUCUGCAGAGUGAGCCCAGUGGACACAUCUGUGGCUGUGUCCUCAUUUCCACGAAGUGGGUUCUGACAGUCGCCCACUGCUUUGAGGGGAGAGAGGAUUCUGAUAUUUGGAAGGUGGUAUUUGGCAUAAACAACCUGGACCAUCCAUCAGUCUUCAUGCAGACCCGCUUUGUGAAGACCAUCCUGCAACAUCCCCGUUAUAAUCGAGCGGUAGUGGACUAUGACAUCAGCAUAGUGGAGCUGAGUGAUGAGAUCCAUGAGACAAGCUUCGUCAGACCUGUUUGCUUACCCAGCCCAGAGGAGUUUCUGGAACCAGAUACAUACUGCUACAUCACAGGCUGGGGCCACAUGGGCAACAAAAUGCCCUUUAAGUUGCAGGAGGGAGAAGUCCGCAUUAUUUCUCUGGCGCAGUGCCAGUCUUAUUUUGACAUGAAGACCAUCACCAAUCGGGUGAUAUGUGCUGGCUUCGAGUCUGGCACCGUGGACUCAUGCAUGGGAGACAGUGGUGGGCCUCUGGUUUGUGAGAGACCUGGAGGACAGUGGACAUUAUUUGGUUUAACUUCCUGGGGCUCUGUCUGCUUUUCGAAAGUUCUGGGGCCUGGAGUGUACAGCAACGUGUCUUACUUUGUUGAAUGGAUCCAAAGACAAAUAUAUAUCCAGACCUUUCUACAAAAGGAAUUCCAAGGAUGAUCAGAGACUCAGCCAGAAACCCACACCUACAGCCCUGUUGACCAUGAAGAGUGUCCUGCUGAGAGCUGCACGAAUGGGCUUUUCAUGGACAGGGUGCACAACACGCACUGUAGGA